AUGGGGAAACUUGUCCAGGCAGCGCAAGGAAACGCGUCUGGCCUCACUACUUCAACAACACCCGUCAUCUCCUCAAAUACAUCGUCGACGAAUGCUUCAGUCUCUACUACUCCUACUUCAACAGUCUCGUCAGCGACACAGUCGCAGGACCCUCAGUCCAACAAGACUGUGCAGCAAUCGAUAAUGCUUCUGAUAUCUCCCGUUGGUGAUGAACCAGAAGGAGUCCACCAAGAAACUGUAGGUAGCAGCAGCAGUGGCAGUGGCGAGAAUGAAGAGCACUUGCAACUGUCCCUGGAGGAGGCCUUCUUCCUCGUCUUUGCUGUAGAGUGUAUUGCAGUAUCGGAACAGAAGACCACUUCCACUUGCGACCAACUACUACUCGGAGGCGGCUCUGUUGGCCUUUCGCCUUUCUCGAUCCAAGAAUGCUGGCUUCGAUUUGCUCAAGCGUCUGUUUUCGCAGGCAAGUCAUCUAUGGCACUACCAAUGCCAAUGCUAGAGAUCUCGCCGGACAAUCCAUUUAUCGUUCGGUAUGCAGCAUACCAUCACUACCGGAGCCUGGGCUGGGUGGUCAAGGAUGGUCUCAAGUACGGGACAGACUUUUUGCUAUACAAAAAGGGUGUGAUGUUUGGACAUUCGCAGUUUGGGAUUCGUGUUAUCGCGUGCAAGUCCGCGGAUGAGGUCACAUCCAACACGACGCAACAACAUUGGUCAACUGGUAUGAGUCCUCUGGAUUUGCCUCGCUUGCCCUUGUCGUCGACGACCCCUGGCCUUUUCGCCCCGCACGCGGUCCACUCAUGGCAGUGGCUCUUGGCCCUGAACAGAGUCAUUUCUCAGGUUCAAAAGGUAAAAAAUUGA